CUGCCACUUCACUUCACUUCACUUCACUUCACUCUCCAUUACCUAGUGUUCUCCUCACUUCGGCAAUGGAGACAAUAUCGCUUCCGCAUCUGCCAGAUCACCCGCUGCAUGUGGCGCUCUUUGCCGACGUGCAAAACGCACCGUUUCUGCGGAAGCAGCUCCUGGAUGGCAACACCGACUUUCAGUAUGCCUUUCUCGAUGCCUCCGUGCUGCUCUCUCGCACCCACGUGCUCUCUGCCUGCUGGCGAGCCAUCAACGACCAGCUGGCCGACCGCAUGAAGAGCCAUAAUGUGCACUCGGAAAUUGUCUUUGCCAUGUCGCCCAAUAAUAAUAUUGGCGAGUCUUUCCGACGCUUUGGCGUGCAGGAUGAGAGCAAGAACAUUGUCGCGAUCAAGGUCGCCGGCGACAGGUCCGCGGUUGAGCAGCACCUCCUGCAGAAUGUGGAAGGCAAACCCACCAAACUAUCAGACGAGGCCUUGGCGACCAUCCACGAUGCUGGCAGAAUUCGCAAGAUAUACCGACUUGACGCACCCAAGAAAGGUGAAGCGGUGCAGCUUGGAAAAGAGGCCGAAGCGUUUGUGAUUGGAAGCAUGGCAUUGAAAGGCGCAUGAGACGUCCCAACCUACCUAUAAGGUAUCUGAUUCGUUUGUCGAGCCGACGUUCGUUCUUCGCCUUUUUGCAUUGCCAUAUCCCGUGUGUGGGUUACCCGGCAUCACAACUGCACCGUCGUACCAAUCGCCUCUGCCGCUGUCACUGAGACAUUCACGUCUUGAGCAACAGUCCCACCGCUGACGCCGACCGCUCCAAUGAAAUAUCCAUCUGCAUCGAUGAUAGGUUGCCCCCCACCGAAGACUACCAGGCCAUCAUUUGUUUCUUCAAUGCCGAAAAGGUCGUUUCCUGCACCAGGCUGAGACCGGUUGUAGAAACCAGAUGAUGGGAAGAGGCCAUUGAACAGCGCAACAGUUUUGGCUUUCUUGAUGCUAAUGUCGACGCUGGCGAGGAAAGCGUUGUCCAUCCGGAGGAAUGCAACGAGUUGCGCAGAAGGGUCUACAAUUGCGAUGUUGUUUGGGACACUGUGGAGGUUAGCUGGAGCGCUCGAAUCGGAAGACCGCACGCAGACGUACCCAAUAGCCAUCGACUGCUGUACAGCAGCAUCGAUCGCCGUCCACGCCUGGGUCGCAUUGAUGUAAUGCCGCUGUUGCGGAACAGAGCCCCAUCCAUUCGUCAACGUGCGAUUGACAGUCUCCUGUGCAGACACUACACCCGCCAACAAAGCCAGAGUCGAAGUUCUCAUUUUCAAGACUUCUACAACGUACCAGGACCA